AUGGAGGGCAUGGUGAUGGCUGGCGGCGUGCAGAAGUUCAAGUGGAGCGACACGCCAUCCGACUCUGGCUCUGAGCACCCACUGUCUGCUGGCCUGACCGCCGCCGACGUACACCACAGCGCGUUGACUACCCUGGGCCAGGCCGCCGCAGCUUCCGCCGCGGCCGAGAAGGGGCCCUUGGGGCGGACUGCUGGCAAGCGCGGCGCCGUCGUGGGCCGCAUCGGCAGCUUGUUGCUCUUCGUCGAGGCAGAAGCCAAGAGCGUCUACGAGCCCGUCAGGGUGUGGGUCGUCGAGGCUUCUGCGAAGGUUCGCGACGCCAUCGAAGCGCGUGCCGGGCCCGUGGUGCACAAGCUGCAGGCAGCGGGCCAGCCCGUGGUGGUGUACAUGACGCCCGUCUGCGCGAGCGUCUCCGAAGGCGUCCUCAGCGUCCGCACCGCGGUGGGGACGAGGGCGGUUGCCGUGAAGUCCCGGGCCCUGCAGCUGAAGGGCGACUGCGCCGCACGGGCCCUCGCCGUCUACGGUGCGGCCUGCGAGUUCGCCAGCGUCAGGCACAGAGCGGCGUGUGGGCUCGUGGAGGCCGUGGUGGCGCCCGUGAGGUCCAGGGGCCUGGAGCUCUACAAGGCGGGCGCGGCGAGGGAAACGCCUUACUGCAUCAAAGCGAGGGACGCUACGCUCUUGCUUGCCCAGAAGACCAGGGACGGGGCCCACUACGCGGAGACCAGGGUCGGCGAUAUCGUCCUCAGGAUAAGGGUGGGCGCAGGGGACACGGCCGCGCUGGGGAAGAGGGUGGUGCUGACCAGGUGCGCGGCUGUCUCGGACUUGGUCCGCGGUUACUCUGGGCCUUUGGCAGCCAGGCUGUCGACUAUGCACGAGGCUGUCAUGACCCACGUCUCCAGCCACCUGUCGCCAAUCGUCGCCAAGGCCCUGGAGCAAAAAACCCUCCUCUACACCAAGGCUUGCGACAUCGCCGUGGUGGUGAAGGUAAAAUCGUUCGCCGUCAAGGACAUCGCCAUGCAGUGCAAGGAUAAAGCCAUGCAGCGUCCGCGCGCUAUCCUCGUGCAGAUCAAGGGAGGUUAUGUCUACAUGAAGACCGUAUUUGACGGGAGGGUCCUCGUCAUCAAAGCGAAGCUCUGUGACGUCCUGACGAGCUUGAGCUCGACCGUCCUCCAGGUCAAGGAGCAUGCCAAGCUCAAGGCGGCAGACGCGUUCGGCACAGCCCACGUGAAGUACCUCGCGCUGCGGGCGGGGACCAAGCGCGUCGCCGUCGACCCCAGCACGCGGGUCACUGCCGUGUCCGCCGUGGGUGGCGCCACGGUCAUGGGCGCAGGCGGUGGUGCCGCCGGGCUGGUUGCUGGAGGCACGCUCGGUGCCGCCUGCGGCGUGCCGUUCUCGUUGUUCACGUUCGGCCUCAGCAUCCCAGUGGGCGCUGCUUUCGGCAGCGCUGCGGGCCUGUGUGCUGGCGCCAUUACUGGGGGCACGGCAGGUCUGGUCGGAGGAGGGGCGGCCGGGUACAAGAUUCACCAGAAGAAGGACAGCAUCGCCGAGGGCUUCAGCGCUGCGGCGGGCACGAUCAGCGACGUCAGGGGCAUGGCGGCGGACAAGGCGAGCGUGUACAAGAUGAAGGUGGUUGAUUCCACUGCGGCGUCUGCGUCUCUCGUCCGGAGCGCGUUCGUUGGCGGCACUGUUGGCGCCGACGAGGGCAAGUGA